CAUCCUUCCAGUGCACAACGCCGAGCUAUGGCUGGACUCGUGUCUGCAGUCUGUUUGGCAGCAGGACUUUGAAGGCCCCAUGGAGCUCUCCGUGUUUGAUGAUGCCAGUCAGGACAAGUCUAUGGCUAUCAUUGAAAAAUGGAAGCUGACGCUAGAAAGUUCCGGUAUCCACGUCAUCAUUGGAGGGCACAAUGCUCCUUCCCCCCGGGGCGUUGGAUACGCAAAGAAUCAAGCCAUAGCACAGAGCUCAGGAUCUUUCCUUUGCUUUUUGGAUGCGGACGACAUGAUGAUGCCUCAGAGGGUGAGGCUCCAGCACCAAGUUGCUGUCCAGCACCCGACCAGUAUCAUUGGCUGCCAAGUGACGAGAGACCCCCCCAACUCCACUGAGCGGUACACACGCUGGAUCAACGGGCUCAGGCCGCACCAGCUUCUCACUCAGGUCUUCACCUCCAACGGCCCGACCGUGGUCAUGCCUACCUGGUUCUGCUCUCGAACGUGGUUUUCCCACGUGGGCCCAUUUGACGAGGGUGGGAAGGGUGUGCCUGAGGACCUGCUUCUCUUCUACAACCACCUCAGAGAGGGCGGCGGCGUCAUCCGUGUGGACCGAAGCCUUCUCCUCUACCGAUACCACCCGAGCGCAGCCACGCACUCAGUCCUAGAGACCACCAUCUGGACCCACCGCGUCCAUUUUCUGGAGGAGCAGGUCCUGCCACGCUGGAAGACAUUCACUAUCUGGAACGCUGGCAAGCAGGGCCGCAGGCUCUACCGAAGCCUCACAGAAGGAGCCAGGAACAAGGUGACCGCUUUCUGUGACGUGGAUGAGAACAAGAUCAAGAAAGGUUUCUACUGCUACGAGGACUCUCAGGAAAGGCCCAAGCCCCGAAUUCCAGUCCUGCAUUUCCGAGCCGCCGAGCCGCCCUUUGUGAUCUGUGUGAAGUUGGACCUCACGGGAGGCGCCUUCGAGAACAACCUCAGGUCUCUGCAUUUGCAGGAAGGCCUGGACUUUGUUCACUUCAGCUGACGGUGCAACAGCCA